CCCCCCGUCCCCCGUUCGCGAGCAUAUUUGGCGAGCAUGUCCAGUGAGCAGCUUAACAGGACAGCGGUGAAGGAUGCGCGGUUAAAAGACCUGUUGUUGGAAAGAGCUGAACUGGAGUUUGUUCAGAUCAUCAUUAUAAUUGUGGUUAUAACUGUUAUGGUGGUAGUGAUCAUCUGCUUGUUGAACCAUUACAAACUCUCGACACGCUCCUUUAUCAACCGACAGAGCCAAAGCAGAAGACAGGAGGAAACUUUGCAGACGGAAGGGUGCUUGUGGCCUUCAGAAAGCUCGGUUUCGCGCCAGGGUGCUUCAGAGAUCAUGUAUGCUCCAAGGUCCAGGGACAGGUUUACCGCCCCAUCUUUUAUGCAGCGGGACCGUUUCAGUCGCUUCCAGCCCACUUACCCUUACAUGCAGCAUGAGAUUGACCUUCCUCCGACCAUCUCCCUCUCUGACGGGGAAGAGCCACCACCGUACCAAGGCCCGUGCACCCUGCAGCUCCGGGACCCAGAGCAGCAGAUGGAGCUCAACCGGGAAUCUGUCAGGGCACCACCCAACCGAACCAUUUUCGAUAGCGACUUGAUAGACAUCUCGAUGUACAAUGGGGGCCCCUGCCCACCAAGCAGCAAUUCGGGCAUAAGUGCAACCAACUAUAGCAGUAAUGGAAGGAUGGAAGGACCACCCCCGACGUACAGCGAGGUCAUGGGUCAUUACCCAGGCUCCUCUUUUUUCCAUCACCAGCACAGCAACGCGCCUCCUUCCUCGCAGAGGGGGAGCAGACUUCAGUUUCAGCAGAACAAUUCGGAGAGCACAAUAGUCCCCAGCAAAGGCCAAGACCGGAAACCAGGAAACCUGGUCUAAGUUACUCGCCCAGGUGCAUUUGAACUGAAGACAAGAGAUUCAAACAGAGCGGUGGAGGAAGACCCCCAUGCUCCGGUGCACAAUGUUGUUACGUUUCACGUGGUACAACUUAGUAAAACCAAACGUGCAAACCAGUUCUUUGUUUCUGAUUCCUUUCAGGGGAAUUGCAUGCAAAGCAGAUUGAAAGAAACACAAACUUCCAUUCAGUUUGUCUACGAGCAGUGUUUCAGGGGAGAGGGGGGGAUAUAUUAUUUUUUUUUUAAUAAACUAUUUCAAUUAUUUAAUUCUAAAAGUUAACUUAGCACAGAAAUGAGGCUUGUACAGCCUGUUUCAUACUCACUGAAUGGCAGAAGGAAGAAGGCGGUUUUGCUAGAUAAAUGGGGGAAGAAUUGGCCAGUUUGCUUUUUUUUUUUCCUCCCAGAGUGUGGAUUUUUUUUUAAUAUGAAACAAAAUUCCUGUUUUGUGUGCCAAGGUAUAAAGUUGAGAACUUAGAUGAAUGCAAGGAAUUUAAUUUGUGUUGUGAUAAAUGUGUUUUAAAAAGUUGCACUAUCUUAAUGUUUUAAAAAAAUAUAUAUGAGGGAACUGUUUUAUGUGAAGUUCUUCUAUAUGUUGUCUUCUCACCUGUGGAAUAAUGAUAGAGCCCCAGAAGUAAUCUGGAGGAGUUUGCCCCCCUCCCCCCGGGUUUGCUAGAAAAAGGGGACAGGACUUAGCCUAACAUCUCUUGAAUUUUACAAAUCAACAAAUACAGGGACACUUAACUUGUCUUUGCAAUAAUUUGCAUUCAAAUAACAGUGCAUCAGUGAAGUGUCUUGGAGACUUUUGGAUGGAAGAAGGCAAAUAUGAAAUCCCAGCAUUUUCCAUCACUUAGGGUUUAGCUAUUUUGCAGCGUAGACUAUUUGUUUCGUAAAUGACAAAACAAAAUCCCAGAUGUGUUAAUUUGUAUUGAUUCUAAGUGCUGCCAUUCUUUUCCUUUUCAUAAUGCAGUAUCACCAGUACUUAUGGUUUUAGAGAUUUUUGUCCUCACUGUAGGCUGAAAUGUGUUUAGUCACAUAUCAUGACAUUAUGCAAUAAAUUGUUUAAAAAUGCAAGGUGGGUUUUCUCCCCUGCAGUGCUGUUAAAAUACGUGAGACUGUUGUGCUUUUCGCUCUCCGUUUCAUCCUUUAGAUACUGAAGUUCAGUCCUGGAGAUCCAUCCUGUUGAAGUGAAGGGGCCUUUGUGUAGCUGUAACCCCCCCCGCGCAGUUUCCGCAGCAGUACCGAGAGCGCUUGUGGCAGUGGUGCUGGCUUCUGUGGCGUCUCUGGCAGUGACGUGGGAGCACCGGCUAUUCUCACUGCAAACUGUUUUGCUCUGGGCCCUGUUGCGGAAACCCUCCUCCGUGCAUGUCAUCCGGUUGACGCCAGCAGAACUAUGCUCAUGGGUAAAGAUGACUUGCAUAUUAACUAAGUGUCUGUAAGCCCUAGUUUUGCCAUGCUGGUCUUAAGAGUAGUUGGAAAAUGUCACCUGCCUGUAAAACGGCAUGUGGGGUAUUUCUUCCCUGGCUGUUUCUGUGUGGAAGCGCACGCAGCGCUGGAAGGCAGUUGACAAACGGUGAUAGUGGCAUCACAAGCACAUGAAAAAGCACAACUUGCACUUAAAAUGCAUUUCGGAAAUGGACUUAAAAUAAGAACCUUUAGAGUCUUAGCUUGAAUAGUUUCUAAUAUAUAUAUGUGUAUGUGUGGGUGUCAUAGACCUUUUGACUUUAAGAUCUUUCACUUUUUUCUAUUUUCUUAAGCCUUGUGCUUGGUUACGGGCAGCAGCCACUGAGUGCCCUGAGCGCGCUGUGGAGGAGUACCGUGCCCUAGUGCCUGGUCCCGUGGCUGGAGGCUGGAUUUCUGCAGGACUUCUGUACACCGGGGGCUCUGAUAACUGAAGUGCAUCUUUGAUCUAUGCAGAGUUUUAAUGCCAAAACAGUAUGCGUGUCUGUGUGUGUGUUUUAUGGGCCUCAGCGUAGGUUAUUUUCUUCAUAAGGUAAUUUGGUUUUAUUCUAGUUUAGAACAUGUUUGUGUAACUGUUAGUCUGAAUAUGCAGCCUCAUCUGUCUCUGGAAUUGUUUUCUGGUCUGAGUCACGCUGGUAAUGCAGAGUAAAGCUGCCUUUUAAUUUACGUGUUACUUGAAGGGAGAGAUAGAGAUUGUAUGAUGGGAUUCGCUUAUUUUUUUUUCCACUCAGACUCACAGGACAGGUGUUUAGGAGAUGACUAGGUGGCUGUCAGUCAGCUAGGCUCUUUGUCAUGUCUGGUUCCUGGGAAUAAAAGCUGUGAAAUUAGAUUUUUGCAAACAACCUAUGAACAUAAUUCUUUGUU